CGUCUAUAAUAUGCAAGUUAUGUUCAGGUGUAAAGAGAAGAGUAGUUCUCGUCACGCAUAUUGACAACAUGCGUGCCAUUAGCUUUGAUGGGUAUGUAAAGUUAAUAACUUCAACGGGUAAUACGCAUUGAACCAAAUCUUUAAAGGCAUUGAUGUUGGACAACUUAAGCGGAUGUUAAGGAUUUACUUUUAAGAAAAAAGGUCUAUAACAGAUACUACAAAAAAUGGACUUAAAUGUAUUGCUACUGGUGCUAGCAUAUACCACAAGAUGUUUGUGUGUGUUUGUAUCAACACCAACCAGCAACGCUACGGAACGACAUCGUCUAUACACAGAUCUAUUCGUGAAUCAGGGUUACAACUCUAAGAUACAGCCAUAUACUAAUCGGUCUGAAAAGUUUGGUGUAUUAAUGUCGUUUGUUCUUAAAACGAUAAUUGAUUUAGAUGAAGUAACAGAAACAUUGAAAACAUCAUCUUACAUGGUCAUAGAAUGGAACGAUACAUUCUUAAAAUGGAAUAGAACAGAAUACGACUAUUUAUAUAUAACAUACUGGCCUCAGAACGAUGUAUGGAAGCCAGACAUAAUUCUGGCUAAUUCAGUAAGAUCCUAUGAAAGUUUAGGACAUGAAACUUUAAUGGUUGAAAACUUUAAUGAUGGCACUAUAAAGUGGUUCCCUCUAGAGAUGUUUGAAACGUCCUGCGAUAUAGACAUGAGAUAUUUCCCAUAUGAUGUUCAAACUUGUGAGAUACAGUUUAUGUCUUGGAGCUAUGUUAGCGUAAGGAGCCUUUCUUGUUAAAGCAAUCGUUUACAAAUAACUAUAACAAAACAAGUGUCCAUAUAAUAUCGCCAUCAAAACUUUCCUAUAAGAUAAGAUAUUUGUAGGUCCUGCUCACACCGGCAUUUAUAUCACUGUAAAUAAAGAAGUUUAUAGAAUGUUUACAUCAUAUUUUGAUCUUUGAUGAAGACAUUAAAACAAACAAAGCCAUCUAGACUGGUUAACCUGGAGAUCGAUGGAUCAAUCCUUGUGCCAGCACGGAAACAGUCAACUAAAGGUUUUUCUUUACAAAUGGUAUCGUAAAACAUUUUACAAUAUGUGGACCUGAAGAUCUUGUAGUCUUUUCUUUUAUACGACAUUUAUGUCAGAUUUGAUAAUAUCCUAUUUAAACAGGUCAUAGUAAUUCCUAUGGGUACUUAUUGUGCACCUUUCGUCUCCGAUUUGUUUUAACAUUGCUAUAGAAGAGACUUUAUGUUGAGUCU